ACAGUGCCCCCCACUUGCCACUUGCAUUGAGGUGGGAUUCUGAGCUCAGCUCAGACGUUUGUGCUUCUCAUCCCAUCUUCCAGCGGCGCGCUUUGGCGCACGCAUCUCUCCAACGCAGUGCGGCUUUAAGAGCGCCGAGGCUCUUAAAUCUGCGCGUGGCUCCUCCCUCCUCCGUGAUGUCAGCGAGAGGGAGAGAGGUGGGCAGCAUUGAGGAACUGAGUUCAUACAAUACUACUGAGACAUCCACAGCUUAGCAGAGAGAUACGGUGAACCGCCUAUCCCGGCUCCUGUAAGUGAUGCUGCACUGAGGCACACUUUGAUCCAACUCCACUGGGGGAACGAUGCACUCUUUGCACCCCUCAUUUAAGUGUUAUUUUCUUUUUUUGGCAGCGUGCGCUACCUUAAGUCAGUUUAAAGAAGUGGUUCUUGAAUAAAUUUGGUUUGAGGUGUCAGUUCAUUAGAGGUCUUUUUUCCUCCAUCUCUUUUCUUGGAUUGUAGUUAGGCUCUCGGCACAAAGGGCAAUUAAAGCGAGCCUGACUCUCAUUCUGAGCUGGUGAAAUUCCAAAAUCACAUUAAGGCUAGGGAUACAAAGUUUCUUUGAAACAGCCUUGGAUCACCGCGUAUCUCCCUCCGCCUGCGGGAUUGCGAGCUGAAGACACCCGAAGAGGAAUUACAGCAUCUUCUCCUAACUAAGUUGAUCGCUCCGCUUUGCCAUUUUGCGUCUUGCGCGCGAGGACCACCUUUUUUAGCGCAUGGAUAAGUUUUUUUUUUUUUUUUUUAUAGUGGAUAACAUUUUUUCAUUCUGAUGAGGAUCCUGGCACGUUUUCUCACUUCAGACUAAUUCAUGGCACUCUUUUUUUCCUCUCCGGCGAUGCGUUUUCGCCACGGUACUACUCACCGUUGACUUUUUUUUCUUCCUCCCAUUAUUUUUCUACCAAGCAUUGAAGAAUUGCUGCAGUAGGGUGAGGCGCUCAUCGGAUCUCGAGUAUGGACUUAGCAAGUCAAACGUUUCCGCUGGUGGUCCUUCUCACCUGUGUGUUAAUACUAUGCAAGGCCCAGGAGAGGGACUACAUAGUGAAGGAGGAGCAGCCGGAGAACGUCCGCAUUGGAAACCUGCUCAAGGAUCUGGAUCUCAACCUAGAUCCUAGCAUCAGGCUGUCCUCUCCGUUGCAGUUCAAGCCUGUGUAUAAGACAGGCGACGUGCCUUUGGUGAGGGUGGAGGCCAACACGGGGGAGAUCUUUACCACCAACCACAGAAUCGACCGGGAGAAGCUGUGCUCAGGAGUCUUCACAGAGAAACGCUGCUACUAUGAGAUUGAGGUGGCGGUACUGCCUGAUGAGAUCUUUCGAUUGGUCAAGAUCCGAUUCCUGAUUGAGGAUGUGAAUGACAACGCACCCCUUUUUCAGUCAACUGUAAUAAAUAUCUCCAUCCCGGAGAACACGGCCAUCAACACCAGAUACCCGGUGCCAUCGGCGUUUGACCCUGAUGUAGGGAUCAAUGGGAUCCAAAAUUACGAGUUGGUUAAGAGUGUCACUGAGUUUGGCUUAGACAUUAUUGAGACUCCUGAAGGGGACAAGUGGCCACAGCUCAUUGUUCAGCAAAACCUUGAUCGGGAGAAGAGGGACACAUUUGUUAUGAAGAUAAAAGUGGAAGAUGGUGGAAACCCUCCCAAAUCCAGCACUGCCAUUCUCCAAGUUACUAUCUCUGAUGUAAAUGACAAUCGUCCAAUCUUUCAAGACAGUGAGCUGGAGGUCUCAGUGCCAGAGAAUGCUCCGACGGGAACAUCAGUCGCUCAGCUUCAUGCGACGGACGCAGACUGGGGAUCCAAUGCACAGAUACACUUUGCCUUCAGCAACCAGAUUUCUUCUUCAACCAAACGUCACUUUGCCAUCAACAGCUCUACUGGACUGAUCACUGUGAAGCAACCUCUAGACAGGGAAAUGACCCCUGUUCAUAAACUUAUAGUCCUGGCAAGUGACGGCGGCUCAACCCCAUCCAGAGCCACAGUAAUUGUAAAUGUCACAGAUGUGAAUGACAAUGUUCCUGCUAUAGACACUAGGUACAUAAUCAACCUCGUAAACGGCACUGUUCUGCUCUCUGAGAAUGCACCCCUUAACACCAAAAUAGCCCUUAUUACUGUUACUGACAAGGAUGCAGAUCUGUAUGGAAAAGUGGCUUGCUACACGGACCAUGAUGUUCCUUUUCGGCUGAAACCUGUCUUUAAUGAUCAGUUUUUACUAGAGACGGCUGCCCCCUUAGAUUAUGAGACAACUCGAGAAUAUGCCAUUAAGAUCGUGGCCUCAGAUAGAGGGACGCCCCCUUUGAACACUUCGGCUAUGGUCUUAAUUAAAAUUAAGGAUGAGAAUGACAAUGCACCCAUCUUUCCCCAGCCUGAAAUUCAACUUUCGAUACCAGAGAACAAUGACCCGUCAACACAGUUGAUAAAAAUCAGCGCUACCGAUGCAGAUAGUGGAAGUAACGCUGAGAUCAUCUAUACCCUUGGCCCUGAUGCACCUGAUGGGUUUCACAUAGACAGACGUUCAGGAAUCCUAUCUGUUGGCAAGCGCCUGGAUAGAGAAAAGCAGGAGCGAUUUUCAUUCAUCGUAAUAGCAAGAGACAAUGGCUCUACACCCCUGCAGAGCAAUGUCACUGUCAGGUUAAUUGUUCAGGACCUUAAUGACAACAGCCCUGCUUUCACACACCCAGAGUACAACUUCUACGUACCUGAGAACCUGCCACUCUAUGGAACUGUGGGGUUAAUCACAGUGACAGAUGCAGACGCGGGUGACAAUGCCGCUAUCACCCUGUCUAUUUUGAAUGGUAAGGACAAUUUUAUUAUCGACCCCCAGACUGGUGUGAUCAAACCAAACAUCACCUUUGACAGGGAGCAGCAAAGCUCCUACACAUUUAUGGUCAAGGCGGUUGAUGGAGGGCAGCCUCCCACCUCUUCCUAUGCCAAGGUCACUAUCAAUGUUGUUGAUGUAAAUGACAAUCGCCCUGUGUUUGUCAUCCCGUCCUCCAAUUACUCAUACGACCUCGUGCGCACAACCACCACCCCUGGUGCUGUGGUGACAAGAGUGUUUGCCAUUGACAAUGACACCGGUAUGAAUGCUGAGCUGCAGUACAGUAUUAUCAGCAGCAUCAUCAUCACAUCUAGGGUCUCCCCUCGAGGUCUCUUUACCAUCGACAAAACAUCAGGUAACAUAACCCUGCAAGAAAAAAUAGUUGGAGCUGAUUUGGGACUGCAUAGGCUGGUGGUCAAGGUCAGAGAUUUAGGCCAGCCUGAGUCUUUACACGCUAUCACACUUGUGCACCUGUUUGUCAAUGACACUGUCUCCAAUGCUACCUUUAUUCAAGAGCAACUGCGGAAAAGUAUGGAAACACCCUUGGAUCGAAAUAUAGGGGACAGUGAGGUGACUCCUCAAGCUAAUGGAUAUGUGAUUGUUGUCAUAGCUAUCAUAGCAGGGACCAUGACUGUCAUAUUGGUGAUAUUUGUUACGGCCUUGGUGCGUUGCCGGCAAACACCCAGACACAAGGUGGUGCAGAAAGGCAAGCAAAGUGGAGAAUGGGUUUCACCAAACCAAGAGAACCGCCAGAUUAAGAAGAAGAAGAAGAGAAAGAAGAGAUCACCCAAGAGCCUUCUUCUGAACUUUGUGACAAUAGAUGAGUCCAAGCCUGAUGACCCUACUCAUGAGCAUGUUAAUGGUACAUUGGAUCUCCCUGUGGAGCUAGAGGAGCAAACCAUGGGGAAAUACAAUUGGGCAACUACACCUACUACCUUCAAACCUGACAGCCCAGAUUUAGCCAAGCAUUACAAGUCUGCAUCCCCUCAGCCCACAUUUCAAAUUAAACCGGAAACUCCUGUGGCCCCAAAGAAACACCAUGUGAUCCAGGAGCUCCCCUUGGACAACACUUUUGUGGUGGGCUGUGAUUCACUUUCCAAGUGCUCAUCGACUAGCUCUGACCCAUACAGUGUCUCAGAGUGCAGCUGUCAGGGGGGAUUCAAGACUGCGGGGCAAAUCACCACCCGACAGAACCCAAGCCAGACACCAGAGAAGUCUUUUAACUCGCCGCCUCCCAUUUGUCCUCAUAAGGAGGCCUGUCAACUUGGCAAGCUAACAGCGAUAAAUACGCAGCGCCGCGUGACCUUCCAUCUUCCUGAUGGCUCCCAGGAGAGUUGCAGCGACAGCGGACUGGGAGACCCGGAGCCCAGCAGCACAGCCAGUGCCACCCAGGCUCUUCCCAUGAGCUUUCCCCAAGAAGACUACUACGAGCAAACUUCUCCAAACAGUCGCACAGAGGGAGAUGGAAACUCAGACCCUGAAUCCACCAUCGAGGUGAACCUGCAGAAAGCCCUGGCUGAGGCCUCUGAGACCUGCACCCAGGAGUGUCUGAUACUGGGCCACUCCGACAGCUGCUGGAUGCCCCCAGCCCUGGCCCAGUUCCAGAGCCCUACUAGCAACAGCCCCACCUCCACCCCUACCACCGCCACCACCCUCACCGCUACCCUUUCCUCCUUUGGCUUCCAGCAGAGCUGUUCCCGGGGAAUUAAAGCCAACGUGGGGGUUAUGGAUGGCCGCCAUACUUUGGGCAGGUCUGUGCCCAAAAAAGAUGAACUGGACAAGGGAUUCACCCGGCCCCAGUUCUACAACACCCUGGAUAGACACUGUAGUAAGAAGGAGGACCCUGUCAAGGUCAUCCCAUUGGCAAGCUUCUCCUCGCCGGGGCAGCAAACCCCCACUGGUGGGAGCAGCAGCUCUUUCUUAAACGAGCACCAGUUGUAAUAGUCAAAGACAUUGGCAUUGGCCUGACAUACAGUGCACAUGACUCUGUUCAUAGCAGGCUUUUGCCUUUGUGACUAGUACUGUAUGCAUACAUGUGGAGGUAUGAGCAAUUUGAAUAAUUAAACUCAAGGUCAGUUUUACCACUGAAAACAUAUCCAAGGAUAGUAGAAUUGACAUUGGUGUUACUCACAUUCAAAUCUGGUAGAAACAAGCUUAAGCAUUAUAAAGGAAAUAUAAGUGUUGGACUGAUGUGUGGUAAAUAAAAGGUAGUUCUAUACCAAAGUAGCUCCAUUUAAAAAAAAAAAAAAAAAAAAAAAAAAAGCUUUCAGUUUGGUGAUGUUUGCUUAGUGAUGAAAAGGGCACUAUACACUUUAAACGAAUUUGGCCCAGCUUAGUGAGACUGUGUUCUAAAAGUGGCACAGCAGCAAAUGCAAAAAUAAAAGCAUUCCUUUGUGUUACGCAUAUUAUGGGUGAGAAAAACAGGGCUCAAUGUUAUUAACAAGCUCUGGGUUUGUGGUGUUUCUUUCCAAGCUCUAGUGACUGCUCUUUAUGACAAGUGGCACAAGCUCCUUUGGUAGCGUAAAAUGCUAUUUUGUUUUGCCUCAACGUGUUUCAGAAGCUUCUCUGGGACAGGGAACUGCAGAGGGGGUAAGGGAAAAAUAAGUCUACAAAGCUUAACUAGGACACUAGUAAAAAGAAUCACAUUUUCGUCUACAUUUUCACCACGGACAGGCAAAAUAACACAUUCCCUUACUCUUGCAAACUCAUGAUAUUUUCCAUAUAGUGGUUGCUGCAUCCCUGCCAACUCUAUUAGAAAAUCUUCAGCCCAAGCAUUAUCUCUCUGACUUAGUAAUGAAAAGCAUGUACAGAUGUGCUUUGGAAAUGUAGCCUUUGUUUUAGUCUCUUUGAUUCCAUUUUUUUUCUUACUGCUGCUUGGAAACCCUCACAUAGGAGCCCAUUAUGAAUUUCUCAGUCUAAUUACUUUGAUGUGUGAUCUCGGUAGCAACCCCUAUUGUGGUUUGGAGGUUCCAAACAGAGCUAUUGGUACUUCUGAAACAUGGUCUGGAAAUGCAAAAGCAGAUAAAAGGUGAUGAGAGUUCAAAGCCAGCAGCUUAACACAUUUCCUCUACAUGUAUCGUGUUAUUAACACCUGUGUUCUGGCAAAUUUUUUUAUCUGUGCGCUGAUGACUUUCUAAUUUGGGUUUUCAUGAUGUGGUAACACCAAAGUAAUACACCAGUCGGCUAAAAUUUCUUAAAAUCCUCUGAGUAUAACCCAUCUAUUCAUGUGUGUGUGUGUUUUUUGUUGUUAGGGCAGACAUUAGGACUAUUUCAAAGGCCCCCUUUGCAGGCUGUCCCUUUUUCUGGUUGCAUAUGAAAAAAGAAUAACUUCCUAAAAUGUGCAAAUUGUUCUGAUUAUAAUAAAUACUUGGGACUAACUUGCCAUUGUAACAGAUUGGGUGCAACAUAAUGUAUUACCACAGCAAUAAGUGACUUUGCUGAUAUCCAUUUUUCUCUGUAGCAACAUCCAAGCCAGGUGUCUACAUCAUCUGGUAUAUGAUUCAUGCGAUUCAUUUUCUUGUACCAUCUUGCAAAUUGGGAACAGGCCUAAAUCUGUAAUGCAACCUGGUAUUCUAAAGGGAAGGUGCAAAGGCAAAUUGUGUUAGUAUGUUCUGUCCUAUUCUCUUAAACUAGGACUUUUAACAGCAUAAAGAGGAUUUAUCUGAUGCUGAUAGAAAUGAUCACUUAAGGGAACGGAGUGUCAAGGACAAAGAAAAGGCCAUUUCAUUUUACUUUAGUCAGUUAUGUAAAUGAAUUGAAUUCAAAACAGGCAACUUAAAUAAACUCCUCUAACCAUCUAUUCAUGAAAAUCUCCCUAUUUUGAAAGCAAAUUUAUAGCUCAUUUACUAAUAAAUUCUCUUUUCUUCCACACACUUUUUUUCCAUUGUUUUGGUGCAUACAUGAUUCACACAAUAGUAUACACAAUGCAUUUUUAAUCAAAAGGGUUACAUAUCAAAAGAACCAUGCAUCAGAGUCAGUGAAAAAACUCAAAUUAUUUUAUUCCCCCAAAUACACAUCCUACUUUCCAUAUUUAGUUUUAAAAUAAAUAUUGCUGUUGCUUCUGGACAUCUUUUAAAUAUUGCUCAAAGGUAAAUACAAGUGUUCACAAAUACAGUAAACCUUGUGGUUUUCAAGAAACAUCUUUACCCAGCAUAUGAGUGUAAGAAAACCCUCCCUUGUAUCAGUUUUCUCGGGUUGCUUCACGCAGUCUCACAGUAAUCAGAAUGUUAUUGUUUAAAACACUGUCCCAUCACACUUGUACAGUAAGCACAAUGCCACCAAUCUGCAGCUUUUCUUGUGUUUUGGCCCACUCUGCCUGCAUAUGCCUCCUUUUGUACAGUGAAUGUAGCCACAGUUACAUUCACUCAAAGGCGGCUUCUUGAGGAAAUGGCAUAAUAACUGUAUGAAUGUACAGCAGGAUGUUGCUUUUGUAGAAAUAUGGCAUACUAAUUGAAUGUCCAUUAUUUCUCUCUUUGUAUUAACUCGUGAUUUAAAUAAUGAUAUAGGGGGUAAAAUGAGUCAUGCCAAGCUUUCACUUGUCUUAUGCUUAAUUUUUUAUUAAUUGUUUUUGCUUUUUUUGUAGAAACAGUUUUAUUUUGAACUUCCUCUCUGUCUUUUUACCUUUAUCUUUUUCUACCUCUUUGAAAUGCGUGUCACCAUCAGCCCGCCCCGGUCCAUAAUUUGCAUGAGCUGUUUGGACUUUAAUGAGACAUUCUACGCACUUGACAGUGUGUUUCAUGCAUCCAUUGUUAGAAUCAGUGUCAGUAUUGAUAUUUACUUCAAAACCUGUUUGUCUGUCUGAUGGAACAAAGCAAAUGUUAUACAGUGUACACAGUCAAAUCUUGUCCGUGCUACUUUGCAUCGAAACAUUCACAGCUAUCAGAAUCUAUACUGUCAGGUAACCUGGGUUUUAAUCUGUACAUAGCAGUACCCCUAAGAACUAGUAGUAAUGGGUAAAAAUGGGAAAGACUUUAAAUGAUAUGCAUAUGUUCACUAUAAGCAAAAAGGGAAAACAUAUAAAGUGAUGAGAUGACAAUCUCUGUUCAAAUGUGUUUGGAUACAUAUGCAUAAUAAUGAUGAGAGUGUUCUUGAAUGUGUUUCUAAUCGAUCUAGUGUGGUUGCUUAUGAGAAUGUGUGUGUGUGUUUGAAUGUGUGUGUGUAUGCUGGCAUGCCGAUUGCCAGGAUUUUAUGUACACAAAUGUAUCAUGUACAAAAGCAACUUGAAAAAUGUGAUAUAAGACUUAAGUAUACGCUUGUAAAUUAGUCAUCGGUGCGUCAGGUGAGGUUUCUUUAACGGGAGGCUUCAGUGCUUGCGAGCAAAUCUGUAUCGAUCAGUAAAAGCUAUACAGUCUGUGUUGUCAUGCCUUUGUAAGAUAUCCCACUUGAUUCUAUGAAGAAAACAAAAAAAAAGAUCCUCCAUAUGGUGAAAUGAAUUUCUUUUAUUGUCAUUGAAUUUUACUUGAGACAUUAAAUAUUGACAUCUAAAAGAA